AUGAAAUUCAACACACUCAUCCUCCCCUUCCUGGCAGCAACCCUAGCAGGUGCCUCCCCCUGCCAGCCAGCUCCACCGUCAAACUCCCCUUCAACAACCGUAACACCGGCCCAAAUUCUCGCGAUAGCACCGAAGUCUCAAUCUUGCGCCAACGCUACCGACUUUGUGUCCGAAUGUGCUACCGCAUCCCAGGCUGCACCUGCUCUUUCCGCAGCCUUCAAGAAGUAUGGCCUUACAAACAAGGCGGAGCAGGCUGCUGUGCUGGGCAUCAUUGCCUUUGAGAGCGGCGAGUUUCGCUACAAUAAAAACCAUUUCCCUUCGCCAGGGGUGGAGGGAAAAGGGACGCGCAACAUGCAAUCCGUCGACUUCAACAAGAAAUACGCGGCCUCUAUUCCGGAAAUAGCUGACCGCUUCGAAGAAAUCCAGGAUCAGCCGGGUCCGGUUCUGGACCUCCUACUGGAAGACCCAGUGAGGGACUUUGGUUCGGGGGUUUGGUUUCUGACUACGCAGUGUGAGGAGAGCGUGAGGGAAGGGCUUCGCAACAAUGGAGAGCAAGGCUGGGAAGGGUUUAUUGUUGACUGCGUGGGAACAGAUGCGAACGACGAGCGGAAGGGAUACUGGACUAGUGCUGUUAAGGCUUUGGGGGCUUAG